GCAGUACGCGCUGUCAGGUUGCGGUGUUUGAAAGAUUUGACGUCAGUUUGCGUUCGCGCGCCUCGUGCGAUAGAAGCGUUGGUUAAACAUUACAACAGUGCGAUAGGUAUCGAUGGCAGACCAGGAGGACGUCGGUAUUGGUGAUUUCGUCCUGCUGGACGAAAUCACGUUGGAAAAAGUGGUGGAUAACCUGUGUGUCAGAUUCAAUGGCGGAAAAAUCUACACCUACAUCGGCGAGGUUUGCGUCAGCGUCAACCCGUACAGAACUACAAAUAUCUAUGGUCACGACCAGAUUACUAAAUACAAAGGAAGAGAAUUGUUCGAAAAUGUGCCGCACAUUUUUGCUAUUGCUGAUGCGGCGCAUAGAGAGAUGAAACAGCAAGGCCGCGAUACCUGUAUAGUUAUCAGCGGGGAAUCGGGAUCAGGAAAAACAGAAGCUAGUAAAAUUAUUAUGAAAUAUAUAGCAGCUGUGACAAAUCAGGGAGGCCAGCAAGAGAUCGAAAGAGUAAAGAAUGUACUCAUACAAUCAAACGCGAUUUUGGAAGCAUUUGGUAAUGCAAAAACAAAUCGUAACGACAAUUCGUCGCGAUUUGGAAAAUAUAUGGAUAUAAACUUUGACUUCAAAGGCGACCCUAUCGGAGGUCACAUUAGCAACUAUCUGCUUGAAAAAUCCCGCGUCGUACACCAGCAAAAGGGAGAACGUAAUUUCCACUGCUUUUAUCAGCUACUCAAUGGAUGUCCAGAGGUUGAAUUAAAUAAAUUAGGAUUACUCAGAGAUCCUAACGAAUAUCAUUACGCUAGGCAGGGGGACACCAGUCGUACCGGCAAUUCAGACAGAGCUGACUUCAAAACUGUUUCAUCUGCAUUGACAACUCUCGGAUUUUCACAAAACGAAAUCCAGACAACCUGGAACAUAAUUGCAGCCAUUUUACACAUUGGAAACAUCAAGUUUUCAUUGAUCGAGGAAAAAUUAUCGAUUGAUGGUAGUUCCCUGAAUGAUGCGGCUGAACGUCUUUCCCUAAGUCAUCAGGACCUUAGCAUUGCUCUUUCACAAAGAGUUAUAGCUGCAGGUGGAGAAGUUAUGCAAAAGACGCAUACUCUUGUAGAAGCUGAAUACGGCAGAGAUGCUUUAGCCAAGGCGAUCUAUGAUAGAUUAUUUACAUGGAUUAUAAACCGAAUUAACGAUACCAUAAAUGUCGACCAAACCAACAUCACUAAGACCUAUAAAAGUACACUGAUUGGUGUGCUUGAUAUUUACGGUUUUGAAAUUUUCGAUGUCAACAGUUUUGAGCAGUUUUGCAUAAAUUAUUGCAACGAAAAAUUGCAGCAGCUUUUUAUCGAGUUGGUGUUGAAGCAAGAGCAAGAAGAAUACAACAGAGAAGGCAUAGCAUGGAAGAAUAUUGAAUACUUCAACAAUCAAGUGAUAUGUGAUCUUGUGGAACAACAGCACAAGGGUAUUUUGGCAAUUAUGGAUGAAGCUUGUCUUAACGUUGGAAAAGUAAACGAUGCGAUGCUCCUUGAAGCUCUAGAUAAAAAGCUUGCUGAUCACAAACACUAUACUUCAAGACAAUUGAGACCAAUGGAUAAAGAGCUCGAGCAUAAAACUCAUUUCAGAAUCAAACAUUACGCAGGUGACGUUGUGUACGAUAUCAAUGGGUUCAUAGAGAAGAAUAAAGACACUCUUUUCCAAGAUUUCAAACGUCUAUUAUUUGGAAGUAGCAAUUCUAUAAUCAGUAACAUGUGGCCAGAAGGUGCUCAAGACAUCACAAAAACUACGAAACGGCCGUUAACCGCCGGCACCUUGUUCCGCAACUCAAUGGUUGCUCUAGUCAAAAAUCUAACGAGCAAAGAGCCGUUCUACGUCCGUUGUAUCAAACCCAACGAAGUCAAAUCACCGGUUGUAUUUGACAAUGAAAGAGUUAGUCAUCAAGUAAGGUACCUGGGAUUAGUUGAAAAUAUACUUGUCAGAAGAGCCGGAUUUGUAUACAGGCAACGUUACGAUAGAUUCUUGAAAAGGUACAAAAUGAUUUCACAGUAUACCUGGCCAAACUUCAGAGGUGGUACCGAUAAAGAGGGAGUUAGAACUCUGAUGGAAGAAAAAGGUUUCGCCGACGACGUGAUGUACGGUCAUACUAAGAUAUUUGUACGGUCCCCUCGUACGUUGUUUGCUCUUGAAAAGGCAAGAAGCGACUUGAUACCGGGUAUUGUUAUAUUAUUGCAAAAACAGUGGAGAGGCUAUUUGUGUCGGCAACGUUACAAGAAGAUGAAGGCCGCUCUUGUUAUAAUGGCAUAUUACCGCAAGUACAAACAGCGUUCUUAUAUACAGCAGCUGGAACGAACUUUCAGAAAUGCAAGCUCCCUACGAGAUUACGGCAGGAGCUUGCCAUGGCCAGCGGAAAAUUUUGCUAUCAGACCUGUUAUACCUUCCUUGAAAAAAAUGUAUGCUAGAUGGCGGGCUUGGAUGGUACUCAAAGUUAUUCCCAGAGAAGAUUGGCCGCAAUUGCGAAUCAAGAUGGCAGCUGCGUCCGCGUUGCGUUCUAAACGACAUAAUUGGGGUCAAGAACGCCGCUGGGAGGGUAAUUACUUGUCAAAACAGGACGAAAAUCCCCACAGCAGUACUUUCAAUACUUCGAUAAAUAAUCUUAAAAAUACAGAUCACUUUACGUCAAUACUCUUCAGUGGAUUCAUCUUAAAAACAAAUAAAUUUCAAAAGGUUGCUGAGCGAGUUUUUGUCGUAACCGAUCAUGCUGUGUAUAAACUUGAUAAUUCCAAGUUUAAGUCCAUGAAAAAGGGAACCCCGUUCGCCAAUAUCACUGGCUUGAGUGUUUCUCCAGGUAAAGACCAGCUCAUAGGAAUCCAUACCAACCUGGGAAACGAUUUCAUAUUUUCAAUUCUGAGCAAAGAAGACAGAGUUGGUGAACUUGUUGGCAUUCUUUGCAACAGAUUUUAUCAGCUACAACGAGCUGAUCUCCCGGUGACAGUUGCAUCGUCAUUCAAUUGCAAGCUUGGCAAUAAGAGUAAAGUAGUGAAAGUUAAUGUACAGCCCGAGUUGUUAGAACCGACAUUUAAAAAAGAUGGUAGUAAUAUUAUUUAUGGUAUACCUCCGUCACCCGCUAUCAAUAAUGGAAAUGAUACCAGAUUAGACAUCAAGCAUGCUAGCUAAUUUCUAACUGGAAAUUUAUACUUACAAUCAAGAUCCUUGCGUAAAAUAUUCCAAGUUACGUGAGAAAAACAAAAAACACGAAAUAUACAUCAAUAUUUCAUAACUUCCAGUAUAUUUUCUUGUAUAUAUUAAUAAGUAUUUAAUGCAGCGAUAGUUGGCUGUACUUAAUACAAUUAUAAGUUUCCAUUUUUCAAGCAUUACCUAACAUCUGAGAAAAACUUUUUGUUUUUUAAUUCUCUUUUACCCCCCAACGGAAGUACGUGCCUUUAACCUUUAUUGAUUUGAAAUGAUGUUGUUAAUUAUAUAUGUAUAAAGUAUGAUACUAUAAGUACCAAAGGAAAACAAAUUACUUUUGACAUUUGUCUGUAAUUUAUAUGCAUUAUAAGAGUGAAAACAAUGGUGCUUGAGGAAUGUUGGUUAGCCUAAUAGUAGUAUUUCUUGAUUAGUGAAUAAUAGCAAAGAUAUAUAAUAUUUUUGAUGAUACGGUUCAUUUAAAACGACAGCUUCUUACGAAGAGAUUUCUUUUAGUACGAUGUUCACAAAUCAAAUAAUAUGUAUAUUUCUAGUUCCAUAAUUGUCAAACAUUUGUUUGAUGUGUUGAAACAAACUGUGAACAAAGCUUGUUUCGAUAGAUGAUUACGUUUUACAUAUUUUGAGGAAGUUGAAAGAAAGGGUGCAGAAAACUUGCGUCAUAUCCCAAAGAAAUUAUUGACGCUUUAAAAUCGACGUACUUAAAACUGUGAUUGAUGACGAGUAAUAUUCCCAAUCAAUUCAUUAUAUUUCAGCGUAAUACUGCUUAUUUAUUAGAAUCGUUACUAACAUAGUUUUUAUCCUCACAACUAAUGAAAUGUAAAAAAAAUCAGACACAGAAACAGAAUGUAUAAGCAUUGAACUAUAUAGAUAUACACAGGUUAUAUACAUUUUAGUAAAACGUCAGUACACCGGUAUAAAACUAUUAAGCAUUGUGCCAUUGCAUGAAAAAAAAGGAAAAAAAAUUAUUCUCAUUCAUAAGCUUGAUAUUUGAUGAGAGUUUCUGUAAAAUGAGUCCAUUACAUCUACUUAUGGCGAAUGUUUUUACUUGCUUGUAAUUACUAUAUAAAUCAAUUUUAAAUUAUAUUUACAUAGAAUGUAAGAGAUUUGUUACUUAAUACGAGCGUUUGACCAUGUUCAAAACAGAAACGUUUAAAUGCGAACAGCAUAAUGCGAAGUGAUACAAUAUCAGAGAAACACGUGAAUUACGUGCACAAGUGCCAUAUAAAUUCUUUUCCUCUUAUCGUUGAAUUGACAUGAUACAUACAAACUUUAAAUAUUUUCUAACGUGUUCCAAAGUGGGGAAAAGAAAUUCUGACUUACCACGAAGACGCAGUAAUUCAAUUCCUACUUUUUAACAGAAACUGCACCAUUAUACAUGCACUGUCAGUGAUGUUGAAACUUAAAACUGUUUUUACUACGGCCAAUCUGACGAUAGGAUAUACCUAACUUCAGAUUUGAAAUUUUAAGCAUUUACAAUUUUCGAAACGUUUUCCCGAAUUACUAUUACACAAUCAUGAAUUUUAUUCGCUCGAUUUUAUGUGAAGUUUCAACCACGAGUAUCGAUAAUACAACUGAUGUCAAUAUUUGAAGAUAUUUUUUUCUAAUACAGAUUUCUAUGUACUGUUAUACGUGCCUUAAUAAAUAAUUAAGUAAAAAAGUUUUCUGCUAUACUUUAGUCUUUAAAUUAAGAGGAUGAAAAAUUGUUAGUAAGUGUAUAAACGAUGAUUCGCAUAUAAUUUCUGUGCAGGAUAGAUCAUCAAGUUCAAGAAAACGUACAAAUUAAACGAAUUAGAUGAUGAAUAAUGAAA